AACAUCACUGGAGCUUCCACGCAGCCCUUGCGAGAGGUGGGAGCCAGGCAAGAGGCUCCGCCCCGUUUGGAAACCAAUAAUUAGAAUCCUUCCCAGGCAGGAAGGUUCCACCAGUGGGUGUCUGACCAGGUGCUGCUGCCAACAGACCGUGCCUGCCUUUCAUCGGGUGGUUUUGGGGGAAAGGGCUCAAGCAUCCACUCUGCUUGCCUGCAUCUGGAAAAGUGGCCACAGGUGACACAGAGAACUUGCACGUGCCUUUCUACCUUCAGAAGAUGUUCUGGCUGUUUGCCCUGCCUUUCCUGGCUUCCUGGGUGCAUGUUGGAGGACUUUCUCCUGGCCUGAAAGCUCAAGUGAACCAGAAGGGGCUCGAAUAUGGAAGGGAGUUUGGGCUGAGAAUGGUGAAGUCAAUGCUAAAGAACGAUACAAUUCCAGAUAUUCAUGGGGCCCAUGACGCACCGCUUCUUGGGAAAGUACAAUUUUCUGUGACAGGGAUCCAGAUCAAUGAGCUUCAGUUGGACGACUCAAUCAUCAGCUUCGCCAAGGGACUGGGUGUGAAUCUUACCGUCCAGAAUGGCGGGGUCUUGCUCAAUGCCAACUGGAAGUUGAGAACUUUGUUUGGACCUGACGGAGGCACUGUUGACAUCACUGUUUCGGCAUUGUCCCUCUCCGCUGUCCUUGGGAUCAGCAAGGAUGUCAAGGGACGGCCUGUGGUGUGGGCUGCCAGGUGCCGGGCUGGCAUUGGGGACCUCAGAGUGAAAUUCCAUGGGGGAAACAGCUGGUUCUACAACCGCUUUACAUCUGUUCUUGAGGUGAUCCUGCAAGCAAAACUCAACAAACAACUGUGUUUUGAAAUCAAGAAAGGCACUGAUGAUUUUGCACGAGUCCUGCGCGCCAUGAACGUCUCUGUCCAGAUAAAUUCUUUUGCGGAACUUGACUAUUCUUUAGUGAACAAGCCAUUUUUCGGUGCGAAUCGGUGCCAAGUGGAUUUCAAGGGAGAGUUCUUCAGCCCGGGACAGCCGCGCAUAAACGUCUUCACCCCGUCCUCCUUCCUCCUGCCCAAACAGCCAGAUUCCAUGUUGCUUCUUGGGAUCUCAGAAUUCUUUGCCAAUUCUGCAGCCUUGUUAUACUUCCGUACGGGAGCACUUCAGAGGAACAUCACGGACGAGAUGAUUCCCAAAGGCUUCCCGAUCCGCUUGAACACUGAAAAUAUGGGGAUGGUGAUACCAGAGCUGGAGAAAAAAUUCCCAGAUAUGCCUUUGGAGGUCCAGGUGGGUGCUCGGAAGCAGCCCGAGUUCAGCUUCCAUCCGGAUGGAGUGCACAUGAAGAUCUUUGGAUCCGUUGAGGUUUCCGUCAUCCUGCCCAAUGCAAGCCUGGCCCCUGCGUUCCUGCUGAAUAUCGAUGGCAACUUCACGGGGCAGUUCUUCCUCGAACCGGUCAGUUCCGGGAUCUCCAUCGGCAAGCUUUUGGGCACGGUGGCCCUGAAACACUUCCAGGUGUCCCAGGGGUGGUCGAACGUCGGUCACAUUGAGAUGAAAUUUCUGGAGAAUGCAUUGACGGUCGCCGUGCAGGUGGGAUUGCUGUCAAUCAAUAAGCACCUGAAGAAAGGCAUCGUUCUUCCGAACAUCCACAAUGUCAGUUUGGUGAACCCGCAAAUCGCAAUGUAUCAGGGCCUUAUGCUAGUAGCAACAGAUCUCCACUACCAACCUCCAGCUGCUGUGUUGUCACUAUGAAGAAGGGAGUGUGCAAAAAGAAGGAUGGAAGGAAAUGCAUAGACCCCCCCCCCAAUUCACGCCCCAAGGCCAGUCUUUGUGCAGUCUCCUUCAGAAAUGGGCUGUGCAUUGGAGCAAAGAUCCGACAACCUUUGGGGUCACCCUGGACAGUGAUGGCAUGAACAAACAUCAUAAACUCUGGGGCAUUGUUUGGGCCUUCUAGGCCAUGUUAGAUUUGUGCUGGGACAGCACUGUGGUUACCUGUGUGAUGGCGGGAGAAUCACCUGCGGAUGUUCCCCUCGGCUGGCACCUCUGUUGCUGGGCAUGAUAUUUUCCCUGCAUUCAAAUACUGAGAUAAAGAUAUUGGAAAUGUGACGUUAGCCUUGUAUUGGACAGUGUCUGUGACAUCACCAUCAGAAGGGAGGUGAGCCCUUUGGCGCAUUGCAAAAACCUCUCUGUUCUGCUUUGCGGGGAGGGGAGGAAGAGGCAGUGCACUUUUUCUUUCUUCAGCGUUGUUUCAAGAAGAACAAGGGCACCACUGAUAUAAUGCUCCUCCUAUGUUUUGGACUUGAAUUCCUUUCUAAACAUAUCCAACCUUCCCUGUCCCAAGUCCUCGCCAUCCAUCUAAAGGUUUAUUGCUUCUUGUAAUCAAUUAAGCUUCUCUUCAGAGGCCUGCAUGCACCCCUCUUUUUUUGGGAGGUGAGGCGGGCUGUUUUUUUCAGGCGUGGGAUGCUUGCCCCGCAAAUCUAGGACCGGCAUUGAGACUUCUGAGUUUUUAGUGCCGGCGGAAAGAAUAUAUAUAUAUUUUUUGCCAAGCAUUUGGCAAUUCUUUUCUCCUUCUCCUUGUUAGAUAUCCAUUGAGCCACCUGAUUUGAUUUUUACCUGUCCCAUGCCCUGAUUUACACCACGUAUCUUACUAUUAUGUAAGAGUUCUGCUGGCUUUUAAUGUUUCAAACUUGUUUUAAUGAUGCUGUACAGACAGAUUCUCCUUAUGAUCGUGACGAUUAAUGCUUUUUUUAUAUAUUGUUAUUUUAUUGUGUUUUGAUGUUUCUUACCUGGUUUUCUUUACAGGCAGCCCCAAGAACCAGUUUUGAUUUGCGGGGCGAGACAGAAUCUUUGAAUAAAGAAAUAAUAAAAACCA